ACCCCUCAAAAAAUUAGAAAAGCUUCUCUUUCUCUGUCCUUGGAACUUGCAGUCAUAGAAGAGCUCCGAAGAGGUGCAAAAUGGCGAAAGAAGAGGAGAGAGAACAGAACCAGCUAAAUUGGAGGAAAGAAGUCGACAACAACUGCAAACGUCUUCAAUCUUAUCUCUUCGGCGCCGAUAUCGCUUUGAAGAAUAACGAUUACUCUUCCGCGCAACUCCUCAGCCUUCGCCUCCUUGGUUUUCUCGAAUCUCGCUCUCAAAACGAAGACGACGCCUCCUUUCUUCAUCCUAUUCGACGCGACGCCUUGUCGAAGCUUGCCGCCGCUCGCCAUGAACUCACUCCCAUUUCCGACCGCCAAGCAUUUGAAGCAGCAGGCUUACCUCCUGGAAAAAUAUUCUCCAUGAACACAGACAUUGACAAGAUCAAGCAGUCAAAAUAUUUCCGUGUCCCUAUUCAGCAGUCUUCCAAAGGAAAUACAGGUGGAUUGGGAGGCCUAGAGGACAUGCAUGGGAGAAUGACCAGGAAGACCUCCACAACCACUGUUGAGGCUGACUUGUCGUCUUGGCAUGGGAACAACAUGACGGGCAGAAAUAAUGUUCGUGAAAAAGGUUCCCUAACGUCCAAAAAUAAUGCCUUUAAUGACUGCGUCAUUUUGGAAAAGGCAUGUGCAGCAAACAAUCAUACCAGAGAUCAUUCUGUGUUUGCACAUGCUGAAGAAGAAGAAAGAUCACUUGGAAAUAAUUUGGGGGUAAAGCGUACUCACAUGGAAACAAGGAAUCCGAGAAAUGAAUGCACCGGAUCACCUCUGAGCAACAAGGAACCCAACAGAGAAGUCUCUGGGAAUGCAUUUGUGACUGCUAGAGCAAAAUUGGAAAUGGAUGUAAAGCAAAAGAAAGGAUUGGGGGGUUCGCCAAGCUGUUCUGCCUCCCCCCUUAGUGACUACAAUUCCUGCAGCCGGGGUUAUAGUGGAAAAUCAUAUGGUGUAUCGCGCCGUGGAGUACGUGGUAAUUUUAUUCCUCCAAUCAGAUCCAAUGGUAGCAACACCGGAAAUUUGACAGCAAGAAUUGGUGCCAAGUGCGAUGAUUCUGCGGAGGACUCAACCAGGAAAUGUUUGGAAUUGCUGUGUGGUCCUGACGGGGAGCUUCCGGAGAAGCUGAGGAAUUUGGAGCCUCGUCUCAUUGAGCAUGUUAGCAAUGAGAUCAUGGAUCGAGAUCCCAAUGUUCGCUGGGAUGACAUUGCUGGGUUAGAGCAUGCCAAGAAAUGUGUAACGGAGAUGGUGGUGUGGCCUCUAUUGCGUCCUGACAUUUUCAAAGGAUGUCGUGCUCCAGGAAGAGGUCUUCUGCUCUUUGGUCCACCCGGAACUGGUAAGACAAUGAUAGGGAAGGCUAUAGCUGGAGAGGCUAAAGCGACAUUUUUCUAUAUAUCUGCCAGUUCACUGACUAGCAAGUGGAUCGGGGAAGGUGAAAAGCUAGUGAGGGCUCUUUUUGGAGUUGCCAGUUGCCGUCAACCAGCUGUUAUUUUCGUUGAUGAAAUUGAUUCCCUUCUGUCGCAGCGCAAAUCAGAAGGUGAGCAUGAAGCAAGUAGGAGACUCAAGACACAGUUUCUCAUUGAGAUGGAAGGCUUUGACAGUGGGAGUGAACAAAUUUUGCUAAUAGGAGCUACUAAUAGGCCUCAGGAACUUGAUGAAGCGGCGAGGAGGCGACUUACAAAACGAUUGUACAUACCACUCCCUUCAGCAGAAGCAAGAGCCUGGAUAGUACGAAAUCUCCUGGAAAAAGAUGGAUUGUUUAGACUCUCGAAGGAGGAUAUGGACAUAAUCUGCAAAUUGACUGAAGGCUACUCUGGAUCUGACAUGAAAAAUCUUGUAAAAGACGCCUCCAUGGGUCCACUUAGAGAUGCUUUGAGGCAGGGCAUGGAAAUUACAAAGUUGGACAAAGAGGCAAUGAGGCCAGUAAAUAGACAGGAUUUUAAAGAUGCAUUGCAGGAGGUGAGGCCGUCGGUUUCUCCUAAUGAACUUGGUGCAUUUGAAAAUUGGAACAAACAGUUUGGAAGCUUGGCAAUGUAAUACGAAUCAGGAUUCAAG